UUGCCUACACUGCCUGCUUCCAUUGAUCGUUCGUUGAACGUGUUUUCUUCGAUAGCUUCUCAUUAAUCGUCCGUUGUAGGGUUUCCAACGACCGAACUCCACCUUGCUAUUUUCUUCUUUGUCCCGCUAAGGUCCGCGUUGGAUUGCUUUGGAGCUUCGAAGUUACGAGGACUGUCUCGGAGCUAGUACCUCGGAGCUUGGUUUGUUAACAGGAAAAUUUGAGAAGAUUUGGGAUCGAAAGACAAGGUUAAUGAAAGAUCUAAUACAGGAGCUCAACUCACUGAAUCGGGUGGAGUUUUGAGAGGGGCUCAUCAAACUCCAUCCACUGUUAGUACAGGAGAAUUGGUUAAGCUAGCAAGAUGAUGUCCAGAUUUGGUUUUCGGACUCCCCAAAAACCGCCCAAGCUCGAUGAGCCUGAACCGGAGCCUGAAAAACCAGUUGUUAUACAAAUGAAGCGGCCGCAAUAUGCAACCCCCACCAUGAGUGGCGCAGGUGGUCCAGCUCGCCCUCUAAGGUUGGUGUACUGUGAUGAGAGAGGGAAGUUUAAGAUGGAUCCUGAAGCGGUGGCGGCCCUACAUAUGGUGAAAGGUCCGCUUGGUGUAGUAGCUGUGUGUGGACGUGCUCGGCAGGGGAAGAGUUUCAUCUUAAAUCAGCUUCUUGGACGGAGUAGUGGUUUCACUGUCGCACCCACACACAGACCUUGUACAAAAGGUUUAUGGAUGUGGAGUUCUCCUUUGAAGAGGACAGCACCUGAUGGUAGUGAGUACAGCUUGUUACUCCUGGACAGCGAAGGGAUAGAUGCUUAUGAUCAAACGGGAACAUAUAGCACACAGAUAUUCUCCUUAGCAGUCUUAUUGUCGAGUAUGUUUGUUUACAAUCAGAUGGGUGGAAUUGAUGAGGCAGCACUAGACAAAUUAUCUCUUGUGACGGAGAUGACCAAACAUAUCCAAGUUCGAGCAUCAUCAUCUUCUCAAGCAGCUUCAGCUUCUGAGAUCGGACAGUUUUCUCCUCUUUUUCUAUGGUUGCUUCGGGAUUUCUAUUUGGACUUGACUGAGGAUGGGCGUCGUAUCACUCCAAGGGAUUAUUUAGAGUCAGCUUUGCAACCCAUUCCUGGAUCUGGAAAAGCCAUUGCUUCAAAAAACGAGAUACGAAAUUCUAUUCGCGCUCUGUUUCCUGAGCGUGAUUGUUUUACACUUGUUAGGCCCUUGAACGACGAGAAAGAGCUGCAGAAACUUGACCAAAUAAAUAUGGAGAAAAUGCGGCCUGAGUUCAGAGCAGGACUAGAUGCUUUGACGAAAUACAUAUUUGAAAGAACGAGACCAAAGCAGCUCGGCUCUCUUGUGAUGACUGGACCCAUGUUUGCUGGGCUAACACAAUCCUUUUUGGAUGCGAUUAAUGCUGGUGCUGUUCCCACCAUAGCAACUUCUUGGCAGAAUGUGGAAGAGAACGAGUGCCGACGUGCCCAUGAUAUGGCCGUUGAGAAGUAUACUCAAGUCUUCAACAAGGAUGUCAGUUAUGAUGAGGCUGCUCUUCAAGAAGCACAAGAAGAAGCUGUUCAAGCCGCAUUUUCUGUUUACAACUCCGAGGCUGUUGGAAAUGGACCUGUUCGAAGAAAUUACGAGAAGCAAUUGCACGCAACUCUUAGAAGACAAUUUGAGGAGUUUAAGCGGAAAUCGUCUAUGGAAGCUGAGCUUAAGUGUUUAAGAGCAGUGGGGACUAUGGAAGAGAAGCUUCGAAGUGCUUGCAAUGCUCCUGACGCAACAUUUGAGUCUGUUAUCAAGGUUUUGGACGGAAUGGUGGCUGAGUAUGUAGCUCAAGUAUCUGGUUCUGUCAAGUAUCAGAAACUUGUCCAGUUCAUGCAGAAAAGUUUAGCUGGUCCCAUACACGACCUUGUGAAGCGAGCAAGUGAUAAAGCAGCAACAGAGUAUCAAAACCUUGUAUUGAAAGGGCGAUCAAUGGGAGAACGUUUGGCUUUCUCAGCUAAACAGACUGAAGCUGCUCAACGCGAUGCUCAAGACUGGAAGAAGCGAUAUGAAAAUAUCAUGAAUGAUUAUAAUAGAGCUUCUGAGAAUGCAGCUGCUCAAUAUGCUAACGUACAGAAGAAAGUUACUUCCCUUGAGGAGAAGCGUGCCACUCUUUUAACUCAGCUAGAGAGCGCCAAGAAGGAGGCUUUUGACUGGCAGAGCAAGUAUGAGCAGAACCUUUCUGUGCAGCGAGCUGAGACUGAUAGACUGAACUCUGAGGUUGCAUCUCUCCAGAAUCGGGCUAGUACCGCGGAGGCAAGGUUGUCAGCUUUGAGAGAGCAGUCAGAGUCAGUGAAGGCAGAAGCUGCGGAAUGGCAGCGAAAGUAUGAGACGGUUGCUGCUGAUACUAAGGCUGCUGUUGAGAAGACAACCGCGCAAAAGGAGCGAGCAUUGAAGCAAGCUCAACUGCGCGAAGAUUCAAUGCGCGCUGAAUAUACUGCGAAAAUAUCUGAAAAGGAGCAUGAAGUGAAGGAAUUGCAGGCGAAAUUGGAGCAAGGGGAGUUCCGCAUCAGUGGUCUGAAUACCCGCUUGCAUGAGCUUGAAUUCAAAACAUCUGACCAGUCUGAAGAGGUUAUAAACCUACGGUCGGAGCUAAAGCGUGUACAACAUGAAUUAGAAGGCACAAAGUCACAGUCUAUUUCUCUUAGAAGAGACCUAGAGAAGGCCGAAGAAGACAAGUCACAUGCGGAACAACGCAUGAAUGAAUGCAUCAGGAGGAUGGAAGAAGCAGAGCACAUGAAGAAAAUAGCAGAACGUGAUGCAAAGCGUGCAAUUGAAGCUGCGGAAAAGUCCCGUGCCGAAGCAGUCGUUGAAGGGAGAGAGAAGUUAGAGACACAGAAACUGGCUGCAGAGAGAAUGACAGAAGUUGAGCGUAUUCAACGGCGGUGUCAAGUCCUAGAACUGGAAAGGGAUGAAUUAGUCCAGAACCUUGAAGAGACCAGGCAUAUGCAGCAAGAGGCAUUCUCUAGGGUCGCUGCAUUGGAAAUCCAGCAUGAAGAAAGAGAGAAGGAAAUGGAAGAUUUGCUAUCUUCUUCACGUGAGCAGCGUGCGAAGACAGUGGAGGCUUUUGAGCAGUUGUUGGCCAGUGAAAGAGCUGCUAAAGCUGAGGCAAGCCAAAGAGCCGAGUCUCUUUCAGUACAGAUUCAACAUAUGCAGGGCCAGAUUGAUAAUCUGCAGGGACAACUUACAGCAGUGCGCAACCACGAAACAGCUUUGGAAACCAGAGUCCGGGGUUUUACGGACACACCUCCUGGCAAGUCCCCAAUGGGCCCCUCUCGUAGCAAAAGACCCUUCCAAGAUGAAGGAUUCGAGACUUCCGCACCGGAUUUUGACAAUGACAGCAGUGCCUUCAAGAGGAACAAGAUGGAUCAUCAUUUCGACAACGGUAGUAACUUGCAUGAGGGUGAUGAAGGUGGCAGUGCAGCGACCUCUAGCGAGAUAGUUGAAACUACUAACUACCGGAAGUUGACUAUUGCAAAGCUGAAGCAGAAGAUGACAGAAGCUGGGUUUGGUGCCGAAGUGCUAUCCACUCGAAACCCUUCAAAGAAGGACCUCCUUGAAAUGUAUGAGAGAUUGAUUCUCAAUAAACCUCCUGCUCAUUAAAACGAUAGAUUGCACACUGCGACAGUGCCUGCAGGUUCUGGUGACGUGAGCGACAUCUAGCUUUAGUACGUUUUGGUUUACUGUAGAUCAUUGACAAAAUUGAAUUAUUUUCUCAUCAAAUAUAAGGAUUAGGCAACAACUUUAUUUAGCAGCUGGGUUUGUAGGUUCUUACAAUACGCUAUGCUUGUUCCAAAGCGUUCGCUAGCAUCGAGUGUACUUGUGUUGUAUUCUUUGUAAAAAGGUAAUGUGUGCUCUUGCACAUUCAAUUUCACUGCUAUAUAUCUCGGUUUCUUUA